CAAUCAGCGGCCGCGACACUGCCGUGCGGCUGAUGUCACUUCUUGCAACAUGGGGUCUGUGGCGGUGACUUCGGCGCAGCGAGAGCGGACACCGAGCUAAACUUAGAUUUCGGAAGAAAUUUCAGAAGUUUUUCUAGCCGGUUCGAGCCGAUUUACAACCCCCGGGAGCUUAAUACUGAACCCCGCGGCGUUAUGUGGUCCCGGUAAUGAGCUACAUGCUAAUUAAAGGUGGCUAGGCGGACUCGGUUUGAAGCCCCACUUAACGUUAGUUUACUAAAGUUAGCAUUUAGCUCCAUUUUUAACCGCAGCCUGUGUUUUUGCACUUCCCCCCCCAAGAAACGCGCACAUAAGGCAGAUAAUCUCGCUUCUGUGAAGUAAUUCUACAUGUUUGUGUGUUUAGAGACUUCAUUUGGGAGUUGCUAACUUAACUUAGCCACUGAAUGUAAAAUAGAUGCAACAAACCGGAGUGUUUUGAUAUGAACGGAACGCCCACAGAAACUUCCGGAACGAGCUCUGUGUCAGUGGAGAAGUUUGGGCCUUUCGCUCGUCACUGACACCCCAUGCCUGUCAGUCAUUAGUCUGCACCGUGGUUAGUCAACUCCGUUUGCACACCGCCUUUCCAGUUCGUUUUCUGCCCCAAAAUGCUGCUUUCCUUGGUCGUGCACACCUACUCUCUGCGGUACUGGUUUCCAGCCGCGGUAAUGUUAGGCACUGCCCCGGCUUACUUGCUGUCCUGGGGCGUCUGGCGUCUCCUGUCAACUGUCCUGCCAGCCAGACUGUACCACAGAGUGGACGACCACAUCUACACAGUCUACCAGAGCAUGGUCCUGUUCUUCUUCGAGCAUUACACAGGUGUCGAGAUUGUCAUUUAUGGAGACAUACCAAAGAAAAAGGAGAAUGUCGUCUAUCUUUCCAACCAUCAAUCCACAGCGGAUUGGAUCAUUGCUGACAUGCUAGCUACUCGUCAAAAUGCACUCGGACAUGUACGAUAUGUCUUAAAAGAUGGUUUGAAAUGGCUUCCACUGUACGGCUGGUAUUUCUCGCAGCAUGGUGGUAUAUAUGUCAAGAGGAGCGCCAAGUUUAAUGAAAAGAUAAUGCGAAGAAAACUCUUGUCUCAGGCUGAGUUAGGCACACCUAUGUAUCUUGUCAUCUUCCCAGAGGGAACGCGAUAUAACCCUGAAUUUAAGGGAGUGAUCAGUGACAGUCAGGCUUUUGCUGCUAAAGAAGGUCUCGCUGUACUGAAACACAUCCUGACGCCAAGAAUGAAAGCAUCAUAUGUAGCCAUACAGAGCAUGAAGGAUCAUCUGGAUGCAGUUUACGACAUCACUGUAGCUUAUGAGGGCACAAUGACAGCAGGUGGCCAAAGAUGCGCAGCCCCCUCAAUGCCAGAGUUCCUGUGCAAGGAAUGUCCCAGAGUGCAUAUCUACUUUGAACGUGUGGACAUGAGGGAAAUUCCUCCAGAGCCAGGCUUCUUCCGCAGGUGGCUGCAUGAGAGAUUUGAGGUUAAGGAUAAGCUGAUGACCACUUUCUAUGAGUCUGAUGAGCCUGGCAAAAAGUGCAGGUUCCCAGGAGAAGGUCGGGUGUCACCACUUAGCCUGACAAAGACGCUGCCUUCACUCUUGGUGCUAAGUGGGCUCACUUUGCCAAUGCUGUUAACCGAACCAGGUAGAAAACUGUAUGUCAGAACCUGGAUCUGUGGGACUCUUCUUGGGUGGUUGUGGGUCCAUAUAAGUCCAUAAGAUGAAGGAAGCUACUGACCUUCUGCCAACUCAUAUCAGUGGAGAGAUGUUUGGUUUACUGAUUAGAUGCUUAAGUUUUCAACCCACUGUGUUCUCACAUCCUGGGAUUUUUGAGCAGAAAUGUGGCUCUUGUAGCUGUGUUUGAAGAUUUGGGUACCCCAGUCAAAUGACAUGUAUUGUUUAUUUUCUGAGUAGGAGUAAGUGAACACAUCCAGUAUAGAGAACACUUAUUUACGUUUUAAUGCAAAAUUGCUGAUUAUUUGCUGAAUUUAACAUACCAGGAGAAAAAUCCAAGAAAUGUCUCCUUUGCGAAAAUUUGGGCACUUUUUUAUGUUUUAUUUUUUCAUUUUUCUUAGAAUAUGUGCAAUAAAAUUAGCAGAAAAAUGCAACAUGUUAGUGUCUUCCCUGUAGUGGGUGUGUUAACCUAUUUUCACUUAGAAAAUCUAUAAAACAUGUGAUCUGACUGGGGCUGUUUAUUUUUACGUACAAAUUUAAUAGGUCUAUACUAGAGAUGGCACAACAUGGCACAGCUGCAAAUGCAAAAAUUAGAUUAGGUACCCUGCUAUUAUAUUUAUAAUGAUGAAAGCCCCUCAACACAAACAUUUGCAGAAAUUGAACUUUGCUGAGUUUGUUUUCCUUUUCAGGGGGCAUUAUUUUCAGUUUGUGGGUCUUGCAAACAUGCACAUGCUCAGGGAAUUGAAACCUUGAGUACUGACUGAUACCAAUUUGAUUUCUUUAAAAACUACUUAAAUUUGCUAUUUUUAAGACUAUACUUGUAGGUUUUAGGGAUUUGGAGACCUCUCUGGUGGAAAUGUGUAAUUUCAUACAACGUGCAGAACAUUUUGUAACUGGGCUGUGCUUUGGACCUCCUUCCGAACGGAUGAAUCUGAAGAUUGCGAGUGUUGAAAGAGAAUUCAGAGAGAACUCAAUCAAAACUUGGUGAAGGAUGUGGAAUUACCUACUAUUGGCAUCAUAUCUUUAUCAGUAUAAAUAAUUUUGAUUUUGCAUUUGAGAUCUAAACAUCGCACUGGAACUUCAUUUUGAGUCUGUGCAUGUAACAUAAUGAUGUAUGACGUGGUCUGAAAACUUUGGUGAAAUCUAAUGCAACACCUCUGACUUUUAAAUGACUAUUUCAGGCUUUACAGGGUGACUCAGCAGCGCACACUCACCAUAUUUUAGCCUGUUUUUUGACAGUAAUGCUACUUCUUUUAAAUGUAACUUUAAUUAAAGCGCAUUACUUAAGAUAAACAUCUCAAAGUAGUACCCAGUCACUCUGUUAACCCCAUAGAACCCCAAGAACUACAAACUUAACAUCACAUCACAGCGUGUUUGAGUGCUGUUUCAGGAUAGGUUUGUUACAGGAUUGGAUCACAUUUAUAAAUUUUCUUCCCUCUGAUAUCCCGUGCAGUAUUUUCUGCUGAUAUCAGCUUGAUACUGACACCCAUCAAUACUGAUAUGCCAUCUCUAGUUUAUACCUUUGUGGGGGGGAGCACAUCUUUUUGUCCCUUUUCUUUCAUGUCAUUAUUUCUUUUUAGUCUUAUACAUGCGCGUCAUGCAGGUUUCCUUACCUUUCACCAGCUCGUCCGGAGUAUACAGUCUUCUUUAAAAAAUGAAAAAGAAGAGAUUGGGUUUAGUUGGGUUAUUGGCUCAUUUUGUUUGUCUUGUGCUUUCCAGUAGAGAGAGCACUGUUCAGGGUUUUUGGCUUUGAUUCUGAUGGGAUUUUGGCAAUUCUUUUUCUUCUGUUGCUUCAUAAUGUCUGUUUGUUUGUGAUGGAUCUUGUUUGUUUUAAUUCUGUUGGUUUUGCAUUAUUUUUUUUUAUUAUUACACAUCAAAUGUUUUAUUUCUUUGCUCUAAUUAAAUCGAAACGGUCCACUGAAACGGGCUUGUAAUUUUACCUGUUUGCACAGUUAAUUAAUGUAUCACAAAAUAUUGCCAAACUUGCAGGAUGCAGGAGUGUUGAGUUUAUAUAAGUUUGUAUAAGUAGAACUUGAGAGCGAUGUAUUGUUGACGUAAAUACAUGUUUAUUAGAUAGAGUGUAAUGGGGCAUUACAGUGUAACCUGCCUUUAACAGUCAAAGCUAACCCAGUUACCUCUAUAGUUAUCCAAUUAUAGUAUUUUAUUCAUGAAACAAAUAAGUAUAUGCAUUGCUUUAUUUUAUUUUAUUUUGCAAAUGUUUUCAAUGUCUCUACGCUUGUUUAUAGAUUAUUUGUGGGUUAACAGUUAUUAUUUUGCCCCAACACAUAAAAACUCAUACAAGAAAUUGAAAACUGCAAUUGUUCAAAUGCUCAAAUUCAAAGAAAGGCUUUGCACAGUGCCGUUUGAUAAACUCUGUAUGUACUUUUAACAUACAUGGGUGGACUAGGCAGCCUCAUUGAACUGACAGAAUUGCUCUGAACUUCACAUGGACUCCCUCUACUGGCCUGCUCUGGCUCCUUUUACCAGUAUUGUGCAAUAGAUGCGCGUUUAAUCAGGGUGCCAAAAUAAUUCAAUACCCACUGGCCAAAUCUAACAGCUUUCAAAAACACUCAACUAAUCUACUUGGAGAAUUUCUGCUCUCAUUUAAGUGGAAUUCCACAUUUUUCAGAAUUUCUACAUAAUUUAAUCAUUGAAAUGUUAGUCAGUCAGAGUGGUUUUAGGUAAAAUGGUUUAUUGUUGAGAAACUUACCAGUUCCAAUGUCUUCACAGUGGUGGUGAUGGGAACCAGGGGUCACAAUAUGUACAACACACAGACAUUUUAUUUACCAUCCAAAACCACCAGCAAACCUACAGCUGUCUUCUGUGGUUUUAUAUAUAAAUGCUGAAACAUUAACAUAGUAUUUAAAAGCACAUUUUCUUACAGCAUACUGUGUGUACCUCUCCACCAUAAAAGCAUUUAAAAUAAAUAAGUAAAAAACAAAUGGCCUAAGUACAGAAGUCUGAAGAGGCCAUGAGGUGUUGUUGAGAUCACAAGAUAGUUAGCCCUGUAUCUCAAGAUGACUUAAUCUUGUUCACAAGAUAAUUAACUUAUUUCAAGACGGUAACUAUCUUGAAAUCACAAGAUAGUUAACUCUUUAUCUCGAUACAACAUGGUGGUUUUGAGAUCUUGAUAAUCAACUCUUCAUCUCAAGAUAACUAUCUUAAGAUCACAAGAUAAUUAACUUAUGUCAACAUCAUGGUGGUUUUGAGAUCACAAGAUAAUUAUCUUCAUCUCAAGAACAACUAUCUUGAGAUCAUAAGAUGGUUAACUAUCUCAAGAUAACAACUAUCUUGAGAUCACAACAUAAUUAUGUAUAGAUAACAUCAUGAUGGUUUUGAGAUCACAAGAUUUAGAAUUAACUUCCUCUCAAGAUAACAACUUUGUCUUAAUCACAAGAUAAUUAAUUUGCCUUAUUUCAGAACCGUCAUAAAACUCUCGGGCAUCUUCCAGCAUUUCUGUGACCAUUUUUUUGUAUGAAACUCUGAUGGAGCUUCUGGAGGUGGACAUCUGGCUCCUAUCACCACCACUGAACAGUUCACAAUUCACCAAACCGCUCUGAAUGACUGCUUUCAACUUACUAAUGUAAGAGCAUUUGCAAAUGGUGGAAGCCCCCUUUUAAACAAACAUUUUAGGUUGUCAUUGACAAAAUAUUCCAUGGGCAUCAACUUCAUUCAGAUGGGAAUGAGAUUUUAAGUCUCUCCUCACGCACAAUGCUGACAUUUUGUGAUCUUUAAGUAUGGGAACUUCCAAAAAUACUCCCAAUCUAAACCAGCAGUGGCACUGUGUACUGAUUUAGAUCAACUUAAAAGCCUUUGAAACUUAAGCUUCUUGUCUGACUUUGGCCCUUUAGUGCUUUACUGUGUAAUUGUACUUACACAUUAAGUCAUGUUGCCCAUUAUUUAUUACUCUCCUCCAGUGAAAAUGCCUUUGCGCCUUUUUUUCCCGGAUGACAUUUUGCUCUGUUCAUUGCACUGAACAUAAAAUGCUUUUAUGAGAGUUUAUUUUCAAAUUUCUGCAUAUUUGCUUUGAAAAACUAUUCUACCUGAAAUCUGUGCACACGGUUCAGAUGUUAGAUUCCAUUUGGACUGUGUGUGCUUUAUGAAUGUUUUCUGCCAUAACCAGUCCAGAUUUCUGUUUACUUUUUAGGAUUUGAGUGAGUUCAGUGAGUUGAGAUCAAUGAUUACACAAAUGCUACAAGAUAUAACCAGCAUAUCCCUGUGUGUCACAAGAACACGUUAACUCAGUGACCUCUUGUAUGUCCACAGAUUAUAGCGAAUGUAUGCUGUGUGGUGGUGUGAAUGCAAAGUAGACUGUUUUUUAUUUUUCCACCCAUGUUUUCUUUUGUGAACAAGCACUGAAAACUGAUAAAAAAAACAGUUAAUAAAAUACCUAAAAUUGGCAUCUCUAUGGUAGCAGCUCUGAAAGUGCAGAAAGGGCUCUCGAUCAGGUUUUAAAGGUUAUGCAUAGAUUUUAUGGCUCAGUGUUUAUCUGUUGUACCUCCUGCUGUCUGUCCUUCACCUGAAAACAUUGACUGGUUAUGAAAUCUGAUUUGCACUGUCCAUCUUUGUUGGUAGCAGCUGUUCCAGUGUGGAUGGACUCUGCUUUUCACUGACCCACCUGCACAGUGUUAUUAAAGUUUCAGGUCUUGUGUCUGAAUUGAAAUGUCUGCUCUGAAAUGCGUUUGUCAAGAUGUGUUUUUUAUGUUUUUUUUAUGGAUGCGCUGAUACGACUUUGGCUGAUACAGUGCAAAUUUACUCAUACAAUCUUAAGUAUUUUACUAUUGUUUUUAAUUAGUAAAUUAAAGGAGGUAUGAAUUUGAAAUGUUACCAACAAGUUAGUGGAUUUGAAGUACUGGUUUCAGUGCAUAUCUCUUAUAUACAGUUGUAUUCCAAAGUGUGGGCGAUCAAAUUCCAUGUUUUGUUGAUUUUCUAAGGGUAAAUAUGCUACACAACCUCUACAGAGAGCACAUUUCUACACAUAUUAAUGCACAAUUACUGUUAAUUAAUUACUGCUGAAUUUAACAUUUAAAGACAACAUUUGCCAAUAUGUUAUAUUUUUUUCAGUAUUUUAAUCUUGGCAAAUGGACAUUUUUUAAAAAUAUUUUUGUGCACUGAAAUAUGCACAGUCAUAUUUCAUUUGGUUCUCUGUAGUUGUCAUCGUAGCUUAUUUUCACAAAUUAACAAAUCAUGUCAUUUAGCUGAAGGUUUUCAAAGUUCUGCACAUCUCUUAUCAGUACAUUUCUCAUGAUCUGUCAUCAACCAUCAAAAUGUCUUUAUCAGUGCAUCCUGAGUAGUUUUUUGUUGUUUCCUUUUUCUGUCUCUGUAUGUGGGUUACCGUUUGUCCUACAUGGUGCCAAAUGCUUUAAAGGCAUGUUCAGCUCAGUGGGCCACUGGUUCAAAAAGUAAUCGGUGCUUUCGUCAAGUAUUUUCAGACAAAGCCGGUCAGUUUUUAUGAACAUGUGUGUUUAAAUGACAACAAACUGUUUUGUAAAGUGAACACACCACUUUAUGGGCAGCAAUGACAGAGGUAACGGCAUGACUAUGAUUUUUAGGGCAUCCAUCUUCUGAAUAGAACAUUCAGCUAGCCAGUCUUCAAUGGACCUGUAAUUUUUUUUACUACUUGUACAUUUAAAAGUGGUGUUCUGACACCACUAUGCUGAAAUUUUCUCUCCCUGACUAAGUAUUCUAGCAGUUUUGUGAAAAAUAAAUAUCUAUACUGGGUUAUUAUUCACUUUCAGUGCUGAAAACAUGAAAUUAGUGACUCCACAUAUCGAAUCUAUUUGAGCAGACAUCAUUUUCCGAAUUGCACUGAGCACCUUUUUUAAAAUGUGUGUUUAAGAAAGCAAAUAUCUGUUCAUAUUGAAGAUGGAGGCCUUUACAUUACUGAUAACUGUCUCUUUCCCUUUUUGUCUUUCUCCCUCAACGUCACUGAACUGUAACACAGUAUGUUUUAGAGACCGUCACUGAAUUUGGUGCUGCAUUUAUGCCGGACCUUUAAAUACAUGUUGCAGCAGUGUCACUGAAAUAGCCAUAUUAGUGUAAAACAGCUCCUCAACACAUAUCAGACUGUCGGAGUCAGCCGAAGGCCAUAUAAACUUAUGCUGUUUUUUUUGCUUUUACCAAUAAAACCAUGCAAUAAAUUGACUUUCUAAUGCCAAAA